UAGAAAAUGCUAGAUCUGAGCAAAGCGAGAGGAGAGAACAAGGCCAGCAACACACAGAGCUCUGUGUAUUCAGAGGGAAGUUGGCAGGGUUGUGCCCGGGCAGAGAAACUCCGAGUGGUACAAAGGGACGUGCCCGGAGUGGAGAAAUCAUGCUAAUUGUCUGCACCAGAGCUGGAGAACGCCACCCAAAAUGAAGAGAGAAAGGGGAGCCCUGUCCAGAGCCUCCAGGGCCCUGCACCUCGCUCCUUUUGUCUACCUGCUUCUCAUCCAGCCAGUCCCCCUGGAGGGGGUGAACAUCACCAGCCCAGUACGUCUGAUCCACGGCACGGUGGGGAAGUCUGCCCUGCUUUCUGUGCAGUACAGCAGCACCAGCAGCGACAAGCCUGUGGUGAAGUGGCAGCUGAAGCGUGACAAGCCGGUGACCGUGGUGCAGUCUAUAGGCACAGAGGUCAUCGGCACUCUGCGGCCUGACUAUAGAGACCGAAUCCGGCUCUUUGAAAAUGGCUCCUUGCUUCUCAGCGACCUGCAGCUGGCGGAUGAGGGAACCUAUGAAGUGGAGAUCUCCAUCACUGAUGAUACCUUCACAGGAGAGAAGACCAUCAAUCUUACAGUAGAUGUGCCCAUUUCAAGACCACAGGUGUUAGUGGCUUCAACCACUGUGCUGGAACUCAGCGAGGCCUUCACCCUCAACUGCUCCCAUGAGAAUGGCACCAAACCUAGCUACACCUGGCUGAAGGACGGCAAACCCCUCCUCAAUGACUCCCGAAUGCUCCUGUCCCCUGACCAAAAGGUGCUCACCAUCACCCGAGUCCUCAUGGAGGAUGAUGACCUAUACAGCUGUGUAGUGGAGAACCCUAUCAGCCAGGUCCGAAGCUUGCCUGUCAAGAUCACCGUGUAUAGACGAAGCUCCCUCUAUAUCAUCUUGUCUACAGGAGGCAUCUUUCUCCUUGUGACCCUGGUGACAGUCUGUGCCUGCUGGAAACCCUCCAAAAAGUCUAGGAAGAAGAGGAAGUUGGAAAAGCAAAACUCUUUGGAAUACAUGGAUCAGAACGAUGACCGCCUAAAAUCAGAAGCAGACACCCUGCCCCGAAGUGGAGAACAGGAGCGGAAGAACCCGAUGGCACUCUAUAUCCUGAAAGACAAGGACUCUCCGGAGCAGGAUGAGAACCCCGUUACAGAGCCUCGGAGCACCACAGAGCCUGGCCCGCCUGGCUACUCUGUGUCACCACCAGUGCCGGGCCGCAGUCCGGGGCUGCCCAUCCGCUCAGCCCGCCGCUACCCGCGCUCCCCAGCGCGCUCCCCCGCCACCGGCCGGACGCACACGUCACCGCCACGGGCCCCGAGCUCGCCCGGCCGCUCGCGCAGUGCCUCGCACACACUCCGGACUGCGGGCGUGCACAGAAUCCGCGAGCAGGACGAGUCUGGGCAGGUGGAGAUCAGUGCCUGAGCUGCCUUGGGAGUCCAUUCCGGUUGCCCACGGUCUGCUAUCCGUAGCAGGGGGGGGAGGCAUAGAAGUUCCGGGGCCGCUGGCCUGGUGCGAUGGGAGAACGUGGCCAGAUCCCCGUUUAGGGUGCACACGUGUGUGAGCUUGCACAAAUGGGGUGGAGCGCUGAUCUCGGUGUUAAGCCCUGUUGCAUGUGUGCUGGGUUUACUGGUUGUGUUCUCUGUGUUCUCAGUGGGUGUGAACUGUGCCCUUUUAGGACUACAUAGAUUAUUAAAUGUCCGGCCCAAUCCCCGGAAGGGUUUUAUGGUAACUAACAUCUGUAAUUUUACCCAGUGAGACAUCCUACGCGCCCCCUA